AUGCGCGCGACUUCCAUCAGCACUUCCGUCGAGUUCGGCCUCCGCUUCAUCGGGAUUUGGCCGGGCUUGUCGUAUGGGACCUUCAAUUGGUUCAUGUACAUGACGAGCCUGAUGAUCAUGAUAUACUUUGAAUACGCGUACAUCUUUAAUCACUUUGACAUCAACGACAUCUCGAAUCUCAUCGACGCGCUCAGCAUCGCGUUGUCUUGCAACCUCGGUUUCUUCAAGCUGAUCUCUCUCUGGUUGCAUCGUAGGUUAUUUUACGAUAUCCUGCUAACGAUGGACGAGGAUUGGGGCGACGUUCUCGCACGCGAUCGAUCGGUAUUGCGUAUCAUGUCGCACAAUGCCAAUCUAUCCCGUCGCUACUCGAACGUGUUGAUCAGCCUCACCGCCGCGGUUUGUUACACCGCGUCCAGUUUUACAAGACACUCGGCAGACCUUGACGAGAAUCUCAACGACAGUUUGAGAAUGCUACCUCUAAAGAUGCAGUUUCCUUUCGAGGCUAAUGCCUCGCCGCUCUUCGAGCUUCUAGCGGUCGCUCAAUUCCUUCACGUAGUGUCAAUCGCAGCUUUAGUCGCCAUGAUAAAUUGUUUGAUCAUCACGCUGGUACUUCACGUAAGUAGACAGAUCGAUAUCCUUCGUCGAGAGUUAUUGGCGAUUUGUUACGAUCAAGAUUCGCAGCGCGAUUCGAUCGUCGCGGAUAUCAGACUUCUAAUUAUUCGGCAUCAAAGAAUAAUAAUUUUCGCGGAUAAUAUCGAGGAGCUCUAUUCCGACAUCGCGCUGAUGCAGUUUCUGUCGAAUACCAUAGUUAUUUGUUGCAUUAGCUUCACAAUUAUAAGCUCUCUCACCAAGAACGGAGCCACCGUGGUGCUGUUGAAAUCCGCUAUCUUUUAUGUCGCCAUAACGUUGGAAGCCUUCAUCUUUUGCUUCGUCGGAGAAUAUCUCAGCGCCAAGAGCAAAUCGAUUGGCGAUGCAGUGUACGAAUCGCUCUGGUAUAACAUGACACCCGCCGAGUGUCGGAUUCUAUUAUUUGUGAUAUUAAGAUCGCAGAAAAGAUUGACCAUCACCGCCGGAAACAUUAUGGAUCUCUCUCUGGAAGGAUUUACGGCCGUGAUGAAAGCGUCCGCUUCGUAUAUGUCAGUGCUGCACGCGAUGUAUUAA